AUGAUCCACUAUUACGGUCGUCUACUCAGCGGUACCAGGCCCACGUUGGGCUGGUACCGACCAGUCUUGCAACUGCGGAAACCACUGAUUGCUAUGGUUGCAUGUGGUCGACCGCAUUCGUGCCUCCCUCGCAGCAGGCCACCUGCGUCGAUAAAGUGCGGCCAUGGGCCAAUCGCGUCGCCAGUCAGCCAUGCGUGGACAGAUAACGCGAUCAAGGGACGUCAAGACCAGCACCUUGCUUCUCGGCGCGCAAGCAAAUGUCCAUGGUACCUGUCAGAUGCCCACGAGGCCAGUCCUUCCCUUGGCCUUGGCCAUGAGCCAGAGGCAAUGCCCUCCAGGACGUGCGACACGACUAGGAUUCCUGCAGGCCCGAUUGAGGCUCUGUGCACCCUCCUUCCGACUCGCACGGCUUUACUAUCGGGUGUCCUAUCUCAACUUGCUGGCGUCUGA